AUGAGCGCGUCGCGUCGGCGAGGGGGCUACGGCGCGGACCCCAAGGCACCACGGCCGCCAGUGAGCGGACGUGCGGCCGGCUUGGUGGGCACCGCCCUCGUACCGGACGAUGCCGAAGCCAAGCCCGACACCAAGCGCACUGGACCAGUGUGGGAGCAGGUGGUGACGGAUGCGGAGGGGCGGCGGCGGUUCCACGGGGCCUUUACGGGCGGCUUCUCGGCGGGCUACUUCAACACGGUCGGGUCCAAGGAGGGCUGGGCGCCCUCCACCUUCGUCUCCUCCCGCGCACAACGCGCCAACCGCCAGCAGCGCCCCGAGGACUUCAUGGACGACGAGGACUACUCGGAUUCGAUGUCGGGAGGCAAAGCGGUGGGCAUGAAGGACGAGUUCAAGAGCUUUACAGGAGUCCAGGCGGAGCACGAGGCCAAAGGGCGCCCGCAUCAGCAGCAGCAGGCCACCAUGCCCGCCCUGGCCGGUGGCAGCAUCGCCGGCUUCCUCCCGUCCGACCUCAUCGCUCCGGCCAACUCCCCCAUCGGAGUGAAGCUGCUGCGGUUGAUGGGAUGGCGCGAGGGGCAGGGCGUGGGUCCGCGGAUGGAGCGGAAGAAGAGGAGGAGGGGCGCGGCCAAGACACAGCUGACCCAGCCACCCGCGCCGCCCACCACCACCGCUGCGGCGGGUCCGCCCAAGCGGGUGUACGGGCUGGCCGUUUCCCUCGACGACCUGCGUGCCCAAAAAGACGACUCGGAAGACGAAGACGAGGGCGACGGCGACGACGCCCAUGGCGUGACCCUCGCCCACACCCUUCCGCCCGUCGACACCGAGACGGUGGUGUUCGAUGCCAAGACCAACUUCUACGGGCUGGGCUACGACCCCUACCGCUCUGCGCCCGAGCUACGCGGGCGUGGCCGGCUGCAGGGAGGGGCAAGUGCGGGCCUGGGCAAGCUCCACCACGAGCAACAGCAGCAGCGUGGUGGGGCCGGCGGACGCGCCACCAUCGGCGCUCUGCUCAGCGGGAGCUCACAGGGCCAGGGCGGAUUCGGGCUGGGCGCCUUCGAGGACGCCGAAGACUCAGCACAGCUCUUUCCCGACGACCGCCGCACGUCCACCCGCCUGCCCGCUCUGGAGGAGUACGACCGGGAGCUGCGCGACGGCGACCACGACCUGGAUCGCACCCGCACCGCCGCCACCAGCCUCGACUACGCCGACGACGAAGAGGCGGAGGAGGAGGCGGGGGUGCCCGCCGACUACCGCCCCUUCCACUACUUCGAGACCUCCCUCUACGCCGACGAGGGGCCGGGUCCGGCGAUGAACGCGGACAAGCGCGGGGAGAUGCUGGGCGAGAAGCCGCUGCCGGCCCCCCACAUGGCGCGCACGGAGCACACCGGCUCGGUGUUCGACCUGGUCUCCACCGCCGACAAGGAACGCCUCACGGGCCUCAAGAACCGCUUCGAGAAGAGCGAAACUGAGACGGAGGCGAUGGGGCAGGCGGCCACCUACCACCGCUUUGCGAACGAGCCGGCCAAGCAGAUGCGCUUCCGCACGUUCCUCCUCCUCCAGUCCGGGCAGCCCGCCCCGCCCCUCCCCGCCCACUACGACAACAUCACCGAUUGGGAGAGGGAGAAGGAGAAGGAGGAGUUCGUCAAGAUCGCCAACGACUUCAAGAAGGUGCCCGACGCCAUGGCCUCCCGCUUCCAGUCAGCCGGCAAGCUCGAUCUGACGGGCGGCACGGAUGGGGACGCGGGGACGACGCAUGUGCACCCGCACGACGAGGAGGACCACCAGGCGGUGGCCGCCUCGAUGAAGAUGUUCGGCAAGAUGACCCGCAAGGAGGAGGACUGGUUCCCCGUCAGCCUCCUCUGCAAGCGCUUCAACCUGCGCCAGCCCCACCCCGACCGCAAGCACGCCGUGCAGGUGGGGGUGGCGCCGCUGCUGUCCGGCAUGGAGACCAUGUUCUCGCCCACUGCGCUCGCCAUGCCGGGACUCGCCGCGUCCUCCUCCUCCUCCUCCUCGUCGUCGUCUGCGCCCCUUCAGCCGAUCAAGGAGGAAAAGGCCGAGGAGGCCGAGGAGGGCUUGCCGGCGGAGCUGGCGGGGGAGCCCGACCGCCCGUCGGUGGACAUCUUCAAGGCCAUCUUCGAACCCGAAAGCGAGGACGAGGAGAGCGAAGAAGAUGACGAGGAGGAAAGCGACGAUGGCGAUGAGAAAGCCGAAAAGGAGGCGGCGGCGGCCAAGCCCCAGGCCGCCCUCGCCGAGCUCGCCGCGGCCGUGUCUGCGCCGCCGCCGGCGGCCAUCUCCGCGCCUCUUCCCCUGCCGACCGCCCCGGCUCUGCCUGAGUUGGGCGGCGGCCGCCUUGCGCGGGACAAUCCGUACCUGUACGUGCCGCCCAAGCGCGAGGAGCGCGGCCAUCUGCCCCUAGACCGGCCCCAGCAGCAGCUGCAGCAGCCGCCCGCUGCCGCCGCCGCCGCCUCAAUCCAGCCGCCGCUCUCAGCCCCAUCAACCAGCAGCGGCGGCGGCGGCGGCGGCGGCGAGGACGACCGAGAGCGGAGGCGCAAGAGGAAGAGGGAGAAGGAGAAGGAAAGGGAGAGCCGCAAGCGGGACAAGAGGCGGAAGGACAAGAAGGACAAGAAGGAAAGCCGGAGGGACAGGAGCCGCAGCCGCAGCCGCAGCCGCAAGAGGAGCCGAGACCGAAGCGAGGAGCGCAAACGGCGGAAGGACGACGACCGCCACCAUCGCGACCGCCGGAGCAGGCGCGACCGCGACUGA